UCGGAACUGAUUUCUUUAGAAUCGGGAAUGAACCAGGGUUCUUCGGUUCCCAGUUCUACUCGGGAACCGCGCUCACCGCUAGUACAAAUAGGAGUGUAGCCAAGGCACACUCGAAUGGGCGAGAGCCAAAAAGAAAGGGAGGAGAAGACAUAAUAAGGGCGAAUGGCGAGGGAGGCGGAAGCGAGCAUGAUUCUCAUCUUCGGUGGCACCGGAUACAUUGGCAAGCACAUGGUGAGGGUGAGCGUCUCUUUGGGUCACCCGACUUGCAUUUACACUCGGCCCAUUGGCCCCGUGACCCUACCUUCGAACCUUAACCUCCGGCGCGAGUUCCGCUCCAUUGGCAUCCACAUUAUCAAAGGAGAGCUAGAGGAGCACGAGAAGAUUGUGGCAGCACUAAAGAAGGUGGACAUAGUUAUCUCCGCUCUUGCAUACCCUCAAGUACUCGACCAACUCAAGAUCAUCGAUGCCAUCAUCGCCACCGGCAACAUCAAGAGGUUUGUGCCGUCUGAUUUCGGGAGUGAGGAGGAUAAAAUAACGCCACUCCCUCCAUUCGAAGAGUUCUUGGAGAAGAAGAGGAAGAUUAGGAGGGCCAUCGAAGCUGCAAGCAUUCCUUUCACCUUCAUCACUGCAAACUGCUUCGCUGCAUACUUCGUCAAUCUCCUCCUCCAUCCCCACAACCCCCAUGAUGAAAUUGUUGCCUACGGCCACGGCAAAGCCAACGCCGUGCUAAAUUACGAGGAAGACAUAGGGAAGUACACGAUCAAGGGGGCGAGUGAUCCGAGGGCGUGCAAUCGGGUCGUCACUUAUCGCCCGAAAUCGAACAUAAUCUCUCAGCACCAACUGAUUUCGCUGUGGGAGGAGAAAACGGGUCGGAGCUUCAAGAGAGUCUAUGUGCCCGAGGAAGAUCUGGUCAAGCUCUCUCAAACUCUGCCACCUCCGGAAAACAUACCCGUCUCCAUACUUCACUCCAUAUUCGUCAAGGGAGAUCUGAUGAGCUACGAGAUAGAUGAUGAUGAUCUCGAGGUUUCGAGAAUGUACCCAGAAAUGCAGCUCACCACCAUUGAUCAGCUCCUCAACAUCUUCCUCACAGAUCCUCCAGAGCCAGCUAGGGCUGCUUUCGGAUGAGAUGAUUCCGUAAGGUUGAAUUCUAGUAGUCAGCAGGAGCGCAGUGUGCUGAAUUACGACCGAAGCAUUGCUUCGCUUUGGUGGGUUCGAAUGUUCGAAUUUGAAAUCCUAUGAACUGUUUCUUUUCAUUUCCUUUUUUUUUUAUCGAGACUCGGUUCCCGUCGUUCUAAGCCCUGCUAUUUCCGUCCA